UUACUGAUUUUCAUACACACGCAUAAAUGGCGUAGGUUUUAUGUCCAUGAAAUAACGAUUGCCUGUUUGAUUGUUUUAAUCAUGGAUACGCCAGUAUUAACGAAACAACAACAAAGGCUAAGUUUGUCAGCCAAAAAAGGGCCUAUGAAAGGAUUGCGUAAUAUCCUAGCUCAACCACAUGACAAUUAUUGGCCUGUGUUAAAUGGGGAGGAUAAUGUUAAACUACAUUCUAUAUUGAUAGAUUUAUUUCCUGCAUUAAGGAGAUCGUCAUCAAGAGUGAAAAAGAAACAUAUAGAAAAUGAAGUAAACGAAAAGCCAGAAAUUAAGAAAUUAUUGCCUAACAAAGAUAUAUUAAAUUCAGUGGUCCUUGGUAUUAAUACUGUUACACGUUCAUUAGAAAGAAACAUAGCAUGUUGUGUUCUAUUGGAUGCUGACGUAGAACCACCAUUUUUAAUAAAGCAUAUUAUUAUGAUGGCACAGAUGAAAAAAGUACCAUUUCUUCUUGUACCUUCUUUUAAAAUUCUUACAUUAGAGAAUAUUGGAUUUAAAUGUUCUGCAUUUGCUUUGAAGAAAGUGGCAUUAUCUUUAGAUCAUCAUUUUUAUACAUUGUACAAUAAUGUAUUACAAAUAUCUAAAAAUUAUCCUGCAUCAAGACAGUCUUUACAAAUAUUCCCUCCUGAUGAAAUUUUAGAUUGUACAAUAUCCGAUGUCAAUGAAGUAAAUGAUAAUGUACCUAAAGAAAAUACUUUUGAGGUUAACAAAGUAUUUAUCCUAGAUGAAAAUGUAUAUAAGUUUAGAUCAUCGCGCAAAGAAAGAAUAUUUAUUCCAUCAAAUGCAAUCUGUAAUACUGAUAACAUUCAAGAGGAAAAUAUUGAAUUUAUUUCCAUAGCCAAUGUCAGUCUUAAUGAUAAUGAUAAAGAUAUAUCAAGUUUAGAAACUACAAGGUAUUUUAAUCUUUCCUUAGAAAAUGAUGAUAAAUCUAAUAAUGUAAUAAAAAAGAAAAGAAAUGAUACAAAUAAUGUUGAAAAUAACCCUGACAAGAAGAAAUCUAAUGAUAUUAUAUAUUUACCCUUGAAAGUAAAACAAUUACGAGGAAAUAGUAAUAGAAUGAAAGCUACUAAAGUUCCUAAAAAUAAAAGAUAUAAUCUACAUAAAUAAAUAACUGAUUAUAAUAAUUAUAAUA